AUGGCGGCGGCGGGAGCGUGGCGGCGGGUGGCGGCUUUGCUUUCAUCGGUGGUUCGGCACCAGAGCUCCCAGAGCACAUCCCCACAGCAAGGGCUUGUUGCCAAAACCUCUCUGACUUCCCCCCCGUGGCCUGAAGUGAAGCUUCCAGAUCCAGUAGAAGAAGCAAAGCAUCAUGCAGAAGUGGUGCAGAAGGUGAGGCAGCUGAUCGCAGCGGGGCGCUAUGGGAGGCUCUUCGCUGUGGUGCACUUCGCCAGCAAGCAGUGGAAGAUCACCACUGAGGACCUGAUCAUGAUGGACAACCUGCUGGGGGCUGAGUGUGGAGCCAGAAUCCGGCUGGAGAAGGUUUUGCUGGUUGGUGCUGAUGACUUCACUCUCAUUGGGAGGCCACUCCUGGGGCAGGAGCUGGUGCGUGUGGAGGCCACUGUGGUGGAGAAGACAGAGUCCUGGCCCAGGGUCAACAUGCGCUUCUGGAGGAGGCACAACUACCAGAGGAAGAGGAUCAUUGUGACCCCCCAGACUGUCCUGCGGAUAAACAGCAUCGAGAUCUUCCCCUGCCUGUCCUGACCCAGGGAGGGGCUGCUGGGGGUAGGGAUGGAUGGAAAUAAAGCUGCCUGCUGGCUGGACAGCUCUGGGCUUCUUGC